GGUGGCGGACCGAAUGAAACAAAUCUGUCAAGUUAUCUCUUCAAGACUCAUGAUGCGUCCUGGAGUGAUGGUUUACUUUCCAUCGAAGCUGGAUCUGGAUUAGGUGUACUGGAACAUCUCCUGCAAAGUAAUCCCACGCUCUUCGGAACCUCUUGUUCUGCAUCCCAAAUUCUUUCGUGGGUUAGAUCCUACCUCAUUACACAUGCGCAUCUAGAUCAUGUCAGUGGUCUUGUACUUGCCGCAGGAUCCCUCGGUGGUCCGACUCGCCGCAUAUUUGCCACGCAGGGCGUCCUGAAAGAUAUGCAGAUGAUAUUCUCAGAUCGCCUCUGGCCAAACCUAGCCACAUGGAAUCCACGAAAUACCUCAGCAAUACUACUCUAUAGCCAACUUACCGUCUGCGAUCGUUAUAUCUCCAUUGCACCUGACGUCUCUGUCCGGGUGAUGCCCAUCAGCCAUGGUCAGACCUCGACACAGCAGACCUACGACAGCACGGCAUUCUUCGUGAGGCAUGAUCUCUCAAACAGACAGUUCCUCUUCUUUGGAGAUGUUGAGCCCGACACUGUGUCCGCUAAGCCCCGAAAUAUUAACGUAUGGCGCGCCGCGGCGCCGAUGAUCCCCCUUGCUCUCGACACGAUCUUCAUCGAGUGUUCCUAUCCAGCAGGGCGGCAGAACGAACACCUAUAUGGGCAUCUGAGCCCCGAGCACCUCGCAGCUGAACUCGCCGUCCUCGCACAGGAGGUAGCGACGGUGCGGAAUAGCGAGAUAGCACAAGCUCUCAGGGAUAUCCGAGUUUUCAUCACGCAUUGCAAGGACGACCUCACCGGACAGUAUCACGAGCCCAUCAAUCUUGUGAUCGCAGCUCAGGUGCGGAGUCUGGUAAACCACCAGAAUCUGGGGGCCCAAAUCAUUGCGGCAGAGCAAGGGAUGCAGAUAAGUAAGUCACCGUCAGAUGCUCGUUCCCCCCCCCCCCCCCCCCCCUUCGCUCUUAGCUGA